CAGACUGUGAACGGCACGGUGUCUGUGUGGAUGAGGAUUGAAAUUUCUCCAUGAUACUGUCUAGUCAGUGAAGAAAGUCGUCUUGAGUCCCUCAGCCCUCUCUAAUCUGAAUCAACAAUGUCGUCGACAUCACAGAAACACAAGGACUUUGUGGCAGAGCCCAUGGGCGAGAAGUCAGUGAUGGCACUCGCAGGAAUCGGUGAAGUUCUUGGAAAGAGAUUGGAAGAGAAGGGCUUUGACAAGGCGUAUGUUGUUCUAGGCCAGUUCCUGGUACUGAGGAAAGAUGAGGAGUUGUUUCGGGAAUGGUUGAAAGAUACAUGUGGAGCAAACACCAAACAGCAGGGUGAUUGUUACAGCUGUCUGCGAGAGUGGUGCGACUCCUUCCUGUAGUUCAUGGUUCCCUAUUUGUUUUGUUUUCCUACUGCAUACCAUAUAUAUUUACCUCACUAUCAAUUUUGACUUUUCGAACAAAAGUAACUCGGCCCAAAAAUGGUAUAGCACUAGAAGGUCUUUAUAAGGUGUUCACAUGUAAUAUCACUGCUCAUUUUGUGUAUUGUUCAAACAUCAUUCACAUCCAUUCUUCUGAUUUGGAGAAAUUCUUGAAUUUUCGGGGGAGUUUCGUGUCAUCAUACUCAGUUCUGUGUUAAGUUGUGUGUAGAUAUGUAUAUGCGCAUACACUAGUAGUACAAACACACAAUCUUUCUUCUCUUAUGAAUAUAAUGAUGAUGUUUGAAGGUUUUAAACUGACGAUCUUCAAAAUGUGCCACAGUGCUUAUAAGCUUUUAAAAGGUUUCUGGGAACUUGUCACUGUAUUACCCAAAGGAUCACAUGCAUCUGUAUUUUAUUCUCCCCAAUCUCAAAAUUGCCUUAAUAAAAAAAAAAAAAUCUGAAUUAAUUUUAACUGUGCAUGUGUAGCUUCACCCUCAUGGUCUGAUUUACAUUGUGUAGUCUACACUUCCAUCAUUUGCUGCUUUCACAUUGAUUAAACUGCUGCAUGGAUGUUCUAAGAAACACUGAUAAAUGUUCUUGUGGCUCUAAAACAAAAGACCUUUAUGUGUUUCAUUUUUUAAUUAUUUUUGGAAUAAAAGAUCCUGAAAGGUGUUGAUUGAAA